AUGGAGAGUUCAUCGGAAAAUCGUCGUGUUGUCGGCAACUCUCCUCUUUCUCCUGGUCGUCGUCUAUUGUCUUCUUGGUUCCCCGUGAUUUCAACUGUUAAGAGCCAUCAAACAACAAUGUCGUCGCUACGUAAAGCUAUUCCAAGGCCUGCUCAUAAGGAGCGAUCUCAACCGCAAGAGAGGAAGAGGUUUGGCCUACUCGAGAAGCAUAAGGAUUAUGUCCUCCGAGCUAAAGCUUACCACAAAAAGGAAGAUAUCAAAAAGAAACUUAAGGAGAAGGCGUACUUCAAGAAUCCAGAUGAGUUUUACUUUAAGAUGAUCAACAGCAAAACAAAAGAUGGAGUUCAUAGAGCAAAGGAAGAGGUAAAUAAAUACAGUGCAGAGGAGCUCAUGGUGAUGAAGACCCAAGACAUUGGAUAUGUGUUCCAAAAAUGGCAGAGUGAGAAAAACAAAAUUGACAAGCUUACUGCAUCACUGCAAUUUGCUGAGGGACAGUCGAGCCGUAAACAUAUCUACUAUGCAGAAGACAAAGAGGAGGCUAGAGAACUGGAGUUACAAACUAGAAGCCAAACUGAUAUCCCUGAGAUAUACAUUUCGAAAGACAUUAAAAAGAAAAUGGAGAGAUCAUACAGAGAUCUCGAGGCACGGAAGAGUAGGGCUAAAGAUUUGGAGAAGUUGUACAUGGAUAUGUCAAUGCAGAAGGAAUUACAGAAAAAGGGUCGCAAACGAAAGCUACGUGAUGACGAGAUACUCAAUCCAGAUGGUAAAGCGGUAUACAAAUGGCGUUCUGAUCGAAAACGCUGA